AUGUUGCAGACAAUCGGUGCUAAUCAAGUUCACGGAUCUUGGCUGUCUGAUCGGCAUAACUCGAAGCCCAGCGGGUGCGAAUCACAAUGGACUAAUGGACAAUGCAAGGCGCCGCUGCGCUUUUUGCUGGCGCCACUCCGCCUGCAGCACACCCUAAGUGCGGUCCAGGAUGUAGCUGCAGUGCUGGAGGUUGGAGCAGGCGGUCCGGAAAGAGAAGGACAGACAGAAGAUGCGUUUCAACCGGAGCCGACUUCAGAAGAGAAGGCCCAGGAGCUGAAGGUGAAUUCUAAUGGAUCUGUAUCUGUGAUGUCCUUAGAGCUCGACUUGGAUGUGGCGGCACCGGUGCUGCACUGGGAGGAGCAUCUGGAAGAAGCUUUCAUUCUCCGCUUUGGGCGCGUUCGCGUGCGUACCGUGGAGAACAGCUUGGAGCCUGAGCUGCGCGUGCCUGAGCCUGCCGAGUUCCCUGUUGCUGCGGUGGGCUGUGCAACGGCAGCACCAGCAGCGUGGUGUCUUUUUGAGGAUGCUGGAAUCGUUCUCGGCCACAGCGACGUCCUCACGUUCGGAAAGGUGGCAUUGCAGCUGCAGCGCUCGACGGAGGGUCACUACCAGCUCGCGGCAGGCAUCGGAGGUAUUGAAGGAUCCCUUCACACUGAGCUGUCGCGGCGCAUAGCGAAUCUCUCCGAGGCGAUGCAGGCGCUGGUCACGGAAGCUUUGGAAGAUCGUGCGGCCAUCGAAGCUCUCCGCCGACUACGCGAGGCGUCCCAGCCCAGGAGAUCUCGCUUCUAUUCCGCUGCAUGGGAGAAGAUUGAGAUGCUGGGACCGAUGCAGGAGAAGACCGCAAAGCGCAGUGGCGACGAUGUGGAAGAGGAGGACGCUGGUGCAGUGCUGCCUCCGAUGACAGAGGAAGAGGCUUUCGCAGGCUAUGGCGUCAAUGCCCCAUGCGCCCCAGCCUUCGUCAGCACUGUGCUACAUCUUCAGAGCGCCUCGCUGCGCAUCUUCGCACAGCGGCCGCGAGGCACUCAGAGCCGCGCGGUGGCGCACGCUUCUUUGGAAGGUGUCCACUUUCGUGUCCAGCUUUUCCGCGAGCGUACGGCUGCAAGCUUGCUGUUCACAUCGCUCCAGCUCCAGGCGGCCAGCCUGACUCUCCAGUCCCGGCGGCUGCUGACUCCAAGGGCUACAGGUGGAGUGCUGCUUGAAAGUUCUGCCUUGGUGCCGCUACAGACAGAAGGGUUGGCACCACUUUUCGGAGUGAAGUUGCAGCAGUUGGCAGUGCUGUUCCGCCAGCGCGACAGUGAUGCGCUCGUGGACCUCCUGCGCUCGGUGUGGAGACCACUGCAGGCCGCUGAAGGUGCGGGCAGUUCCCAGAGGCCUUCAGUCUCAUCUCAAAACGACCCGCCGGCCCCGGCGGCGGCGGAAGCGGAAGCGGAAGCGGAGGUGGCCCCCCGGCGGGCCGAUUUCGGGAUCGCCAAGUGGAAACGUCCCUUGUUCCGAUGCUGGAUUGGCGCGCCCAAGGUCUUUCUUCCCACAGACCCAACGGUUCUUCGGCGGCGGCGCUCCCUGGGAGUUGAGGCAUCGCGCUGCGGUCAUCUCGAGGAGCACAAGGGCGUUGUCGACUUCAGGGCCAUGCCUGGCGAGGAGUUUAUCGUCAUCGACUUCGGGCACGUCAACCUCCAGCGCACCACGCAAAGCCUCGAGACGCUGGACGUGAAGCUGUGCGAGGUGGACCUCCGCAUGGCCGGCAAGACCGGCAAACUUGCCUCUGUCCUGCAGCUUCCGGAGACGGAGGCUUCAAAGGGCGCCACCCCCACGACGAUCCGUGUGGAUGCAACACUACGCCAAGGCGAAGAGGGGACCCGCUUCGAGGCUUCGCUGCAACCAUCCGGUGGUGAGCAACUGGAAAUAGUUCUUGGCCGCGGUGACCUCACACGCAUCCUGGACGUGUUGGCGGAGAACCGCAGCUAUGCCAGCUUUGUGGAGGAGGCCACCGAGGUGGACUCUGAACAGGAGGAGUCCGAGGCCAGCUCCUUCGUCUCAGCCCGUGAGACGCACAGUGCCAGGACACGCAGCCUUGAGGCAGUACCUUCGCCCGCGCCUGUGCAGGCCUCGGUGCGCGCACGCACGCUGGCCACGCUGCGCUCUGCAAGCCAGCUUCCGGACUUGCCGCCAAAAAAGUGGGGGCCCAGUGGAGAAACAAGUCAAGACUCAGCCGGGCAGCCUUUCACAUUACAGUGGUCAAACCCGGCGGUGCUGCUGAUUCGAGUCCAAUUCACUGAAUCUGCCCCGGUGGCUGCACUUGCGCUCCAAGGGAGUUGCAUCUUUGCGAAGCUGGAUCCCGAUCUCCAGCUGGAGGUUUGCUGCCGGUCAGUGGACAUCGAGGAUCUGCGCUUGCGAUCACGGAACGCAGACAAAUCAGUUCUCUGCGGAAGCUCCUUCGUCCUGGCCUGGCGCAGUGAGGCAGGCCAGCGGUCGGCACUGUCGAUCCGGCUGAACCGAGCCACAUUGCAGGUGCUGCCGAUGCUGUUUGCAGACCUCGCCACCUGGGGCAUCUCGGCCUGGCGACUCUGUGCUUGGGCCCAGUGCCCUCCCGAACCCGAGCAGAGUCAGAGGCUAUCGUGGGACGUUUCCGAGCUGCGCCCGCUGGGCGUGGCCAGUCUGCUGAUCGAGGUCGAGCUGCAAUCCGCGUCGUUUCGCUUGCCGACAGAUUGGGCAGCGCAGCAGGACUACUUUGAGUUCUGCGGGAGCCCACGGGAGAACGGUGCCGUCUUCUCGGCAUCGCUGCUUAGUUGCGAGGCCGGCCUGGAGUUGACUCGCAUCGCCCUGGAGAGCUGCAAAGUACAGCGUUGCGAUGCGCAAGUGCCGAGUGCAGUGCUGUGCAGCGACUUCGGCCUUUCUGCGGCCGGUCGAACCUGGAAUUUGGCGCCAAGAAGAAGCGGGCUGAUCCUGAGGCCCGUCGAACUGCAGCCUUUCGACCUUCGCAUUUCUACAAAGGACAUCGGUGCGCUCCUUGCAGCGGCCAGCUCGCUAGCAAGUGCCGAAGCGCCCAGCGCAGAGCCGAUCGAGGAGCUGCUUCUCCGUGACCCUCAUGCACCGACAGCCCUGACGUCUUGGUGCCUGGAGUUGGACGGCAUGGUCGGGAGAGGAGAUCGAAGUCACACGAAGCAAGUCAUCGACCUGCAAGUCUUGGAUGGUCGCCAGCCGGGCAAGCUUCUCGAUGUCCGGAUCGGCCUGCCAUCGAUCCAUACGGAGAUUCGGACUGUGACUGAUCAAGCCUCACGCCUGCUUCUCCGUGCCCAGAUGCUCGAGCUGGAGGUGGAGUCCUACAAUCGCAACCUUCGUGUCAUGGAGCCAGUGGUGCUCCCGAUCAGAUUGGACGCCGAAUACGACGUCCUUCAAGGUACCUCCUCCUUCCGUGUGAACUCCAGGGAGAAGCUGCACUUGGUGAUCACCCCGGUUUUCAUUCGCUUGGUGAUGCAGCUUCAGGAUGAGCUUGCUGCAGAUGCACCCACGCCAGAGCGGAAGUCAGCAUAUUUGCCGCUGAUUACAGGAUUGAACCUGACUGGCACCGCCUGCGAGGUCGCAGCAGGUCCCACAUGCAUCCAACUUCCAGCAGCAAAGGAGAUGCCGCUCGAUGCACUUCUAUCCGAGGACAGCGCAGAGCUGCGAAGCCUUGGAGACCCGGCACUUCCGCUGCGGCUUCACCUAAGCCGGUGCUUGACCGCUCCCUUCAUGGCAGAGCCCCGCUCUUGGCCGUGCGGCGAUGCGGAGCUAAUCGCGCAGCUGGGCCAGAACCCCAGUGGAUCCAUGGGCCAGCGUCUCCUCGUCACCUCUAGGGUCUGCUUCGCGAACCUGACGGAUGUGACGCUUCAAUGGCGCUUGCUUAGGCCAGGAUCGUACAGCAGAUUGUCGGACCAUGCACCUGAGCUGGGCGAGGUCAUGGAGGUCCGACCUCGGCCGCUGCCGGUGGCUGCCUCUUGCCUGGGCUUUCCGGAAGGCACUGGCGACGCUCUGCCGCCGCCAGGAGAGGGCGGAGACGGUGACUGCCUGCUGGGGGCAAAGCAAGCAGUGUCUCUGCCACAGACCGUGGUGGCUGCAGCGCCGUCGAGCUCGGUGCCGUUGGCUCUUCUGCAGGUUCGGCCAGCGAGCCCAGCAGGGGCUCUUCCAGCAGAGAUGUUCACGUGGAGCGAUCCGGUUCCUGUCUUCUUGCGCAGACACCCUGAGCCUGUCGUACCUGGGCGCCGAAGGAGCACCCGAAGUAGUGUUACCAGCACAGAUUCCGGACAGGGGGACGGGGAAUUGUUUCGGCGCUGCCAAAAUGUCUCCGGCAGCUGUCCCUUGAGAUUCCGUCUCGUCGAGGAAGGCGGCCGGCAGACGCUUUGUGCAGAGCCGCCGCUGCGACUUCGCAACGGCUGCCCCGUGCCGCUCUUACUCAGUUUCGAGCCAGAGCUUCACCGUGAGGAGCUGGAGACCGUUCCAGCGGGAGCAGUGCGCAUCGGUGCCCUGGCGAAAAUUUUCGAUGGGUUGGGUGGUUUCCUGGCAGUGGCCAUCGCUGCUGCGGGGGAUGCUGCAGAUGCUGAGCUGGGCGGCGGCGGCGUCGAGCUCUGUCCGGUCCGUGCAGACGCGAACGGCUUCCUUUGGUGGGAACUGGAUGGCUCUCUCCGGCACAUCGUCCUACCACAGGGCACGAAUGCCGUGGAGCUGCGUCGUACAGAGGCGGGUGUCGGCUUUCGCUGUCUCCGUGCAGCAGCGCUGCCGGGUCGAGGUUGCCAGGUGCUGCAGCUCGGCCCCCGAGAGCCACUCCCCAUCUUCGAGUUGCCUAUGGCACCGACGAGGCUGUCAGUGGCUUUGCUUGGUCUCGGGAACGAGCGGUCGGAAUGGAGUCUGCCACUGCGCUUACCGAUGCAACAAGGUGAGUUGCCCGUGCAGCGGUGGUCUUCGUCUUCUUUUGAGGUGCGAUCGUGUCACCUUCCGGCGGAAGAAGUGUUAGAGGUGCGCUGGGCUCGAGCAAUUUUCCCGCUGCUCGCGCGACGAAGUGCACCUGAAACCGAAGUGGUGAUCGGAGCUCGACGAUGGUUUGUGAACAGCACAACCCUGCCCAUCCAGCUCACGCUGCCGGAUGGAUCGGCGCUGCCGCAUCUGACCGGAGCAGGUGCGACACUUCUGGCCCAUCCUCAUCACGAGGCCGAUGCUGCAGAGGCACAAAGCUGCCUGCAGAGGGUCUGCGGCCUCCGUGGAUCAGAUCCGGAUCUCAGCUCCACCAUCUCCUUAGCCUUCGGACGCGACUGUGUCAAAGUCCAGCUACCAGGCGUUGGUGGCUUCGAAGAUGUGUUCUUCCCCAGCGGAGAGGACUGCGUCCUACGUGAAGAGGGCAUUGCGCUCUCCAUGACCUUCGGGCUGGAUUGCAGCCUUAUCUCUCUGGUGCCAGCGCUCGUUGUCUUCAACUGCUCGCCACAGCAGGUUGGUUUUUUAUGGUGUGGGCAGGCGCCUGCCCAAGCCGAGUGGCUCAAUGCCGGCCAGCGCAAAGCGUUGCGCGCGCCUACGGAGCUAAGCGAAGAAAGCAGCCGCAGUCUACUGCUCCCGGUGGCCAGAGACGCCGCGCCCGAGCGGCCAAAGUUACAGGUCCUGGUCAAUUCACAGCGUGACGAGCUGCUGAUUUCGCCUCCCUUCGCAGUCGAUCGUGCUGCUGCAGGCUGCAGUGCCGCCAUGUCAUUGCCCUCCUCCGCCCGCCCGGAACCAUGCCGGGUAGCCGUCGAUGAGGCCUUUGGGGCUGUCGCCGUAUCCGUAGGCGGCCGGGAGCGCUGCCACCGGCUGACCUGUGAGGAGGGUUUGGAGGCUUAUGUUGACACGGCCCCGGCCGAUGUGGCGCGCAGCGGCGGCAGCAUUUAUUUCGGCGUGGCAGAGCCAUUUGAAAGCUCGCCCUCUGUCGUCCUGGUGCUGCAGAGACCCGGGCCUGGCAUAGCACGGGUCACCAUAGGUCUCGGCCGGAACAACACCCAGGCUAUUCCUGCCAAUUCGUCACUGGGCGUGCCAGCGCGAGUGGAUGUCAGCGUCAAGGAGCAUGUUGCGACUGUCUGUGUGUCUCUGGGCCAUGGACGAGUGGAGGAGGAGGCUGCGCAGUCCGAGACGCUCCAUGAGUUGCAGCUUGGGGGCCUUACGCUCUCUUUGGCGGAAGCUCCUGGCCUGCAGGAGGGUCUGUUGAUGGGUUACAGCCCCGAGACGAUCUCUGUCGCCUUGGACGGUUUCCAGGUGCGGUUGCGACGAUUCGCCAACGACAGCGAAGAGUUCAAAGUCCGCAUCGACGCCGUGCAAGUGGACCUGCGCCCAAAGAAGGCUCGGGAUCCCCAACCACGGGUUCUCCUGGCCUCAAUACCGCGCCGAAGAGCGCUGCCCUUCCUGCGCUGGAGCUCCCUGCGCCGUGCAUGCAGCGACCCCGCGGAGUGGCGCCUGGGCCUUUGUCGCCUCGGUUUGGGUCCGGCAGAGGUCACUGUGACAGAAGCGGUCUGGCAGGAGGUCGGCCGCUUCCUGGACCAGGCUUGUUCUGGACCCCGCGGACUGGGCCCGCAGGAGGUGGCUGCGCGAGUUGGAAAGGAGCUGCCAGCAUUGCCUCCGAAAAGCGGGCAGCGAUUGCAAUUGGAGCAGUUCAGUGUCGAGGCGGUGAGCCUCAAAGUUUGGUGCUCGCUCUACCUUCCCGAGGCCACGUUCCUUCCUGCCGCUCUUCGCUCUGCGGUGGAAUUCUUGGGCCUCGGGACCGAGACGCUGGUGGUGGAGGGAGCGAAGGUGCGGGUAGCUGCACAACCCUGGCUCGUUGGAAGAGGUGGGCGACACCUUGUUGGCUCUGUGUCCUCUGUCUUGGACAGCCUGUCGCGAGCCUAUCUGCCACAGGUGCGGAGGUCAAUAUUCUCCCUCGUUGCCAACUCCAAUGCGGCCCUUGGUGGCCUCCUUGGAUUGCGUUGCUGGCGUCGGCUUUUCGGGUGUGCUCGGCGCCAGACAGUCCGCAGCGUGCGACCUGAGCUCUGUGCCCUGGGCGCGGAUGGUGCAGUGCGUGCCGCUGAUGGCCGUGGUGCUGAAGGCUCCUGGUUGUCGCAGGUGGACGGCAGCAUCGCUGCGAACCAGCCAGAGACGACAUGCGGUCGUUUGGUAAGGUGCUUUCGACGAUGCUGUCCCCGCCGGGGCUAG